CCGCCAUGAGGCAGCUGCGGGCGGCGGCUGCCCGGGGCCUUCGGAGGGGCGGCGGGAGGUCGGUUCCAGCGGGGCAGAGCAGGAAGGGCGCGUCGCUCCAUCGAGGGGCCCCGGCUCCCGCGGCUGCUCCGCCGCCCGCCCGGCAUCUCUUCAGCGACCCGGCUGAGGUGGAGGCGUUGCGCAGGAACCUGCUGGCUUGGUACGAUGAAUGCAAGCGGGACCUUCCCUGGCGGAGGCUGGCUGCAACUGAGCCAGAUUCCAACAGGCGGGCGUACGCAGUGUGGGUGUCUGAGAUCAUGCUCCAGCAGACACAGGUGGCUACAGUGAUCGACUACUACAACCGCUGGAUGCAGAAGUGGCCGACGCUUCAGGCUCUGUCACAGGCAUCCCUGGAGGAGGUGAAUGAGCUGUGGGCAGGACUUGGCUACUACUCCCGAGGGAAGCGUCUGCAGGAGGCAGCAAGGAAGGUGGUGUCUGAGCUGGCAGGCCAGAUGCCCAGGACAGCUGAGGAUCUGCAGAAGCUGCUGCCGGGAGUGGGCCGAUACACAGCAGGAGCCAUCGCGUCCAUCUCGUAUGGCCAGGCUACUGGUGUGGUGGAUGGGAACGUGAUCCGGGUCCUGUGUCGCUUGCGGUGCAUCGGUGCUGACUCCAGCAGCCCAGCUGUCAUCGACUGGCUCUGGGACAUGGCCAAUACCCUGGUAGAUAGGAGCCGCCCUGGGGAUUUUAACCAAGCCCUGAUGGAGCUGGGAGCAACUGUGUGUGUGCCCAAGGCCCCACUGUGUGGGGAGUGCCCUGUGAAGCAGCACUGCCAAGCACGGCACAGGAUGGAGAAGGAGCUAACUGUUGCCUCUCAGAAGCUGUUUGGAAAACCUGCCCCAGUGCCUGAUGUUGAGGACUGUGGUGUUGGGGGCUGCCCUCUGUGCCCCCCAGCCACAGAGCCGUGGGACAGCAGCCUGGGGGUGACCAACUUCCCCCGGAAAGCAGCGAAGAAGCAGCCACGGGUGGCACGAACAGCCACGUGUGUGCUGGAGCGAAGGGGCUGCCAUGGGGCCCCAGAGUACCUCAUCGUGCAGAGACCCAGCUCAGGUCUCCUAGCUGGGCUCUGGGAGUUCCCCAGCCUCCCACUGGCCCAGGGUCUGCAGGAAGAGGAGCAGAGGGAGGUGCUGGCAGAUCACCUCCGAGCCUGGAUAGGGCAGCCUGUGGCAAUGGGAAGCCUACGGCUCAUUGGAGAGGUUGUCCACAUCUUCUCUCAUAUCCACCAAACGUAUGUGGUCUACUCCCUGCCCCUGGAUGCAGACAUCACCCUGGACCCUGCCUUGUCCCCGUCCCGUUGGGUGACAGAGAAGGAGUUCUAUGCCUCAGCUGUGUCCACAGCCAUGAAGAAGGUGCUGAAAGCGUGUGAGAAGCAGCGUGGGGAGGAGAGCAGCCUGGGCAAGGGCUCCAAGAGGAAGCGUGGUCCAAAGCCACAGGGAGCAGGCAGCACUGGGACACAGCUCUCCCUCCAUGCCUUCCUCCAGACACCCACCUCCCUGUGACAGCACCUGCAACAGCUGAGACCACCAGAGACCCAUGCUGCAGUGAGUCAUGCCUAGGGCAUGGGGAUGGUGUCCCCCAUACUGCUGCAUGCCUGCCCCAUGGCCCUGUCAUAUUCUCCUGCUCCUCCUUGCAGAGGCCAUGGCUCCCUUCUGGGAACUGCACCUUAUUGUGGCCACUCUGGUCCUGGAUGUCACCCAGAGCCUUUCCUUCUUGGCUGGGGCCCUCCUGGAAUUGUUUGGUCUGGUAUAGCCACUGCUCUGGUUUACAGCAGAGUAUUUCUCCAGGAGCAGGAGAACUGUGGCUGUCACUUCCAUAGUCUGUCCCCAGCUACCCACGUGCCCUGGUCCGUGCUUGCACCUGGGCCACCAGCCAGUGACUGUAGAUGCUUCCGUACCCUUCCUGACCCCCAACAGCCCUUUUUAUACACUUGUUUUUUACUGAACCUGAGUCAUGGGCUUUCUAAGAAUAAAUCUGAACUGUUUGGGUUUUUUAA